GGAGCGACAGGUCUCGGGCCCCCAGGCGGAGCGGCGGGCGCCGGACCCCCAGGCGGAGCGACAGGUCUCGGGCCCCCAGGCGAAGCGGCGGGCGCCGGACCCCCAGGCGGAGUGACAGGCAUCAGGUCAUUUGGCUCGACAGCGGGCACCGCGUCAUCUGGCAAGGCAGUGGGCACCAAGUCACCAGGCACGACAGUGGGCCCUGAGUCAAUUGGCACGACAGCGGACACCAAGUCAUUUGGCUCGCCAGCGGGCACCACGUCAUCUGGCAAGGCAGUGGGCACCGAGUCACCAGGCACGACAGUGGGCUCUGAG